AUGGCAAGAAAUUCAGAAAUGAAUGGUUCAGGAGGAAGUAAGAACAUUGAAAAGAUGAUUAACAGCAGCCUUGAUGACAUUGUGAAGGAGGCUAGGAAGGAGAGACGGAUGAAGAAGGCAGGCCAAGGACAAAGUAGAGUUAGGAAUAAUAAGAGUGGCAAGAUUCAGGAGUUCAAGAAGAGGAAUGAAAAAAGACCAAAUAAUGUAAAUUCGAACGUAAGGGGAAAGUUCAAAGGUUCUCCGAGUAGAGCUUCUAGAAGUAGAGUAGAAAAUGAAGGAAGAGGUUUUGACAAAGGGAAAAGAAUGAGUAGGGGUCAAGUUAGAAGUAUCCAGAUCGUGGCUAAGCUUGACAGUAUUCCAACUCCAACAGCACAACAAAAGGCGGGGUUAAACAAUUUGGAAGUUAUUCCAAGCUCAAUUUCAUCACAAAAGGCCAGGAGGAGCCGAGUAUUUAGCUAA